UGUGCACGUGUGUUUGUAAAUGUGUGUGUGUGUGCUUGUGAGGGCUGCUUUCAUGGGUGUGUUGCGCACACCCAAGCUGCACACUUCAUGCUUAGAAGUGUCACUUGCUUGAUUUAAUGCUCCACUAUCUUGAAAUUCUUAACAAAUUUUGAACAACGGACCCUGAAAUCACGUAGUCUGUCCUGGUUCUUGUGUAUGUGUGUGUAUGUGUGAGUGUAUGAAUAUAUGUGUGUGUGUUCGUGUGUGUGCACAUGUGUAAGUGGGUGCAUGUGUGACUCUUUGGUACUUCUCAAACAGAGGAUCCACAGCUUUCAGAAGACUCAGGGGAACCUGGACCCAGAAAAGCUUAAAAGCCGCUGAGGACCUUUUUGGGAGGGUAGAGUACAGAGAAGGGACAAUCAGAGCCAUUCACUUAGUUUGAUAAAGGUCCGCCCACCAGUGGUCCCUGACCCUCUUUCCCAUGCCGUCAGAUCAUCUGUCAUGCAGCCUGUGACUGUUCCUUUGCUUGAGUGUCUCCUCCCAGAGUAGAUAAGUUCCAUGAGAGCAGGAACCAUGUCUGACUCUUUAGCAUGUACCCAGUACCUACCGUGUCGUAGGUGCUCAGUAAACAUUUGAUGAAUAAAUAAAUCAUUUACAAUCCAAGCAGAUGCUCUCAGAAUUCCUACUUCCUACACAUACAUUUCUUUUGUCUUAUCACAGACUUUGGGAGUGGGAGGUUCAAGGGCUCCAUGCCUCUGCCAUCAUCAGAUAGAACCUCCAAAAGCACGCCCUUGACCCACUGCCGUCCUGUGUCUCCUUGCAGAGCCUGAUCCCGAAUAUGGCAGAUGACUACAGCUAUGACACCACGUCUUCCAUGGAAGAUUACGGGAACUUCAACAUCACUGACUUAUUCUGUAAGAAAAACCACGUCAGGGAGUUCGCAAGCUACUUCCUUCCACCCUUCUACUGGCUCGUGUUCAUCGUGGGGGCCUUGGGCAACAGCCUGGUCAUCCUUGUCUACUGGUACUGCACGAGGGUGAAGACCAUGACCGACAUGUUCCUUUUGAAUUUGGCAAUCGCUGACCUUCUCUUUCUUGUCACCCUUCCCUUCUGGGCCAUUGCCGCCGCUGACCAGUGGAAAUUCCAGACCUUCAUGUGCAGAGUGGUCAACAGCAUGUACAAGAUGAACUUCUACAGUUGUGUGCUGCUGAUCACGUGCAUCAGCGUGGACAGGUACAUCGCCAUUGCUCAGGCCAUGAGAGCGCAGAUGUGGAGGCAGAAGAGGCUUCUGUACAGCAAAAUGGUCUGCUUUACCGUCUGGGUGAUGGCGGCCGCACUCUGCGUCCCGGAACUCCUGUACAGCCGAGUCAAGAAGGAGUACGGGAUUGCUAUCUGCACCAUGGUUUACCCCAGUGACGAGAGUACCAAACUGAAGUCAGCUGUCUUGACUCUGAAAGUCAUCCUGGGAUUCUUCCUCCCUUUUGUGGUCAUGGCUUGCUGCUAUACCAUCGUCAUUCACACCCUGACGCAAGCCAAGAAGUCAUCCAAGCACAAGGCCCUGAAGGUGACCAUCACUGUGCUCACUGUCUUUGUCCUAUCUCAGUUCCCCCAUAACUGUGUUCUGCUGGUGCAGACCAUCGAUGCCUACAGCACGUUCAUCUCCAGCUGUGCUGUCUCCACCAACAUCGACAUCAGCUUCCAGGUCACUCAGACCAUCGCCUUUCUCCACAGUUGCCUCAACCCUGUUCUCUACGUUUUCGUGGGUGAGAGGUUCCGCCGGGAUCUCGUCAAGACCCUAAAGAACUUGGGUUGCAUCAGCCAGGCUCAGUGGGUUUCAUUUACAAGGAAAGAAGGAAGCCUGAAGCUGUCAUCUAUGUUGCUGGAGACAACCUCCGGAGCUCUCUCCCUCUGAGGGGGCUUCUCCCUGAGGUGGAUGGUCCUUUUGGAAGUAACAAGAAAUAGAGCUACGGCUUCCCUUACUGGUAGGGCCAGAGGGAAAGCAGAGAAGGAAAAGGAAGUGAAAAAAAGGAAAUAAAAAACUCAGAAAGGGAUGAAUUUGAACAACGUUCGUUAUACUUUUCGUCAGGAUUUGCCAAGCCAGAGUCUUCAAAAUUGACUGGCCGUCCCAGGGGGCUGCUGAUUGGCUCCUGGCUGCAGUACCUGCAGUUUUCAAAGGAGGACUAACGAGCAGCAUUGCAAGCCUCCCUGGCUUUGCCACUUGCCUUAGUGUUGAUGCAGCCGACCUCCGGAGGAGGCUUUGAUUUCUCAGUGCACAGUGAAUUGCUGUGCCUUCAGUUCUGAUGCCACCCCUUCCAAAAGAAGACACAGAAGCACUGGCCACUGCCAAAGCCCACAAAUGCACAAGGCUCCAGGAGAACUCCCAUCUUUGGAGAACUUCUACCCUGGUUUGGGGGGCUGAUACCCAUGCCAGGUCUUAGAGAUUCCUGCUCUAGAAUCUUUUCAAACAACCUCAGAUCUAGUGCCCUUCUGGUCUCCUUGAUCUGUUUUGGGCCAGUGAGGGUCCUUGUUCCUGUUCUGAAGCUAUCUGCAGCACUGGUCAGCGAGGCCCUGGGUAACUGGCCGUACCAGCACGUCAUCCGGAUUCUGUUGGUUUCCAACCCAUUUCUGCCAGAGGUUCUGUGAUUUCACACCUGGCUGCCACGCUGAUCCGGGCAAGGAUUCAGCUUGUCCAGUGGUGUCACGAAGUGGUCCUCUCAGCCCGUGCAGGGAGACUAAGGACCUCAGUUGGUGGGAACCCGGCUCCAUUAUGGGCUCACUGUGUAGAGUGGCUUGUGUGAUGGUCCACUCUGUCUGCUCCCUAUAAAAUGGGUUGGUCCUAUUUGCGCUUUUGUUUCUGAGGCCGCUGCGAGGUUAUCUGCUUCCAUGCUUCUCUUCUUCAGACUACAUAAUGCUAACAUGUUAAAGAAAAGCUUUCACCUUAGAGAUUAGGCUGAAAAAAAGUGAACAGAAUUCACCUUUGCCCUGUGUCUUUCUUUUAACUAUUCGGCAAAUUUAUCACAUUUAAAAUUUUCAUUUAUUAGAAAAGUGCUUUUUAAAUGACUGUUUAAAAACAUCCGUUACUUUUCACUUUCUUCACCCUGUCUCUAUAUUUUAAAUGUCUACAAUUAGAGAUCAAAUGGCCGUAUUAGAGUGUGAAGAAUAAGAGGCUAGGAGAGGGAAAUAACAUUUCCAAAAAUACCAUAAAAUCAUCUUGGCUGACCAAUUUUUAAUUUCUCCUCUGUUCAAACUUAUCUUCCAAGUUUUUCCAGGUUAGUCAAAUGGAAUUUCCAAGAAGGACAAUUACAGCAGCACCAUAAACCACACCAGCUUUGCCACUUGCUCCCGAGGAAGCAUCUCAUUUUCCCAGCAGGCUGUGAAUUGCUGUGGUUUCGGUUCCAA